AUGAGAUUUUCCGCCGCCCUUUCCGUGGUAAUACUCGCUUCAACAGCUUGUGCCGCACCAGUCGACACGGAACAACAUCCCUUAGCGUCCCCGCCACAUGUCUCCAAGGCUCCCGCAGUUGCGGCUGCCGCGGCAGCCACACCGGAGACUAGCAGCAGCAGUACAUCGCCGGCAGCCAACAUCAUCGCAUCCGCUUGGAAACAAAUCUUUGGCGACAAGGAAGGAGAGGAGGAUCCAAACCUGGGAAGGGCAUGCUUCUGCGCCAACGGGUCGAUUUGCUGUAAUACUUCGGAAGGACUCGACUGCACACAAGGCUUGUGCGGGUUAUAA